AUAAUGUACGGGGGAAUGUCAUUCAUUAUUGCAUUACCAGGUAUCUCUGGUACAUUUAUUACUUCUUCGAAUACAUCAACACUUCCGCAUGCCGAGCUUGAUAUUUACGUUUCAAAUUAAUUUGGAGGUUGAAGGAGGGCUACACAACGCAGAGACUGUUAAGAUUUUAACCCACUGCCCAGGUUACUUAUUAGCCCUUGGCCUAGUUGGUAGCCUUCAUUCCCAGCCAAUAAUUGAUCUCAGGAAGGGGUUUAAGUUAGCCAGUGAGGAAUUCACUUUCCUAUGCCAAUUUUCUAUGAUAAAUUCCUAUCCAAUUUAUCAAUCGAUCUCUCUCUGUUUUACUGCUUCACAUAUUAUCUAAAUUACCCGGUAAUUACCCCGUACGCACAUUGCCCCUUGAUUCUCUCUUAUUACUCUUCUUUACUUGAGUAGACAUCUUCUCUCCACCAUUCCCCAGACACUUCUAUUAUUACUCGAUACAUGCUAAGAUACCAACGGCUCGAAUAUCACUGCGGCUUUAUGCCAUUUUCGCAAUCAUGACCUCGGAAAAUGCUACCGUAACUGGUACCGAAAGUGUGCCAAACAUUUCUUCGACCAUCAGACGAUCUACACUUUCACAUGUCAAUGGUGCGAACGGAAAGCACAGGGCCAAUAUCAGCAUCGCGGAUUUACCAAAACCACUCACACAACAUAACACAUCCGAUUCUCUUCGGAAAUAUUCGCAAAAGAAAUAUAGACAUGUUGCCGCUGUGCAUUCCAUACCUCGAACAUCGUGCCUCAGCCAUGAAAGCGAUGCGGUACCGAGUUUCCUUGGAUUUCGGAACUUGAUGGUCCUUGUCUUACUGAUCUCGAAUCUGCGACUCAUGUUAGAGAAUAUUCGAAAGGUUCGCUUUCCUCCUAGUCAUUGGUUUUCGUCAAUUGAAGAAUGAAUUGGGUGCGCAGAGUGUUGGGAGAAGAUUGCGGAGUGUUGUCCCAAUGCCCAAAUCCUUUCCGGACGUUUUGACAGGAUAUCCUAACAGACCCAAUUUCAAAUGAUUUCUAGCCGGAAUUCUACUAGGAAGGCAGUAUAUAGAGCAUAGCUAACGAUCUUUAACAGUAUGGAGUUUUGAUAUGUCUGAGAUGUCACGAUUAUCGCAAACAGGAUCUUUUGCUAGGGGCUGCCCUCUACUUCAUUAUUCCAUGCCAUCUCUUUGUCGCCUACAUUGUCGAACUCGCGGCCGCGCAACAAGCAAGAGCAUCACUAAAAGGAAGCAGAAAGAGAGCUGGGACAGCCACGCCGGGUGGUAGCUAUAUUGCCACGGAGGCCGAGCAACAAAAAUUCCAUUCGACCUGGAAAGUAAUUGCUUGGAUACAUGGACUGAACAUAACACUUUGUCUUCUGAUCACUUCCGUGAUCGUCUACUUUUUCAUACACCACCCUUUGAUAGGCACAAUAACUGAAGCACACGCAAUUAUUGUCUGGCUGAAAACUUACAGCUACGCAUUCACCUGCCGCGAUCUUCGACAUGCCUAUCUUCACCCCUCAAGUAAAGAGGAGGAUGCAUUGCCAGAGAUAUACAACAAAUGCCCUUACCCACAGAAUAUCACGCUGAAUAAUCUGACAUACUUUUGGUGGGUUCCAACAUUGGUUUACCAACCUGUAUAUCCCCGGACACCCAAAAUCAGGUGGGUUUUUGUAGGCAAGAGGAUGGCAGAAGUAUUUGGUUUGAGUAUCUUCAUGUGGGUUGCUAGCGCACAAUAUGCAGCCCCUGUCCUUCAGAACUCCUUGGACAAGAUGGCAUCCCUGGAUGUAGCCUCUAUCCUCGAACGUUUGAUGAAAUUAUCCACAAUCUCUUUAGUCAUAUGGCUAGCAGGAUUUUUUGCCUUGUUCCAAUCUUUCCUGAAUAUUCUUGCCGAGGUCACCACUUUCGGGGAUAGAAAUUUUUAUGACGACUGGUGGAACUCACCUAGUGUAGGAACAUAUUGGAGGACUUGGAACAAGCCGGUCUAUCAAUUCAUGAAAAGACAUGUCUUCUCGCCUCUCGUGGGCAGGGGUUGGAGUCCAUACUCGGCCAGUGUUGCGGUGUUCACGUUUUCUGCUAUUCUACAUGAAUUGAUGGUCGGUGUUCCGACACACAAUAUUAUUGGUAGGCUUCCAAAUAUUAAAGAUCAAACUGUUAUCUUUGCUAACACUCUUCAGGCGUUGCAUUUAUAGGCAUGAUGGCACAGCUACCACUCAUUGCUAUCACGGCACCAUUGGAGAAAAUGAAUGGCAUAAAUGGUAAAAUAGUUGGAAAUUGUAUCUUUUGGGUAUCUUUCACUUUAGUUGGGCAGCCACUCGCUGCUUUACUUUACUUCUUCGCAUGGCAAGCCAAGUACGGCAGUGUUAGCAAGCAGACCAUAAAAUAAGAUUGUCAGUGCCAAUGUUAGUACCUUGCUUUAUUAUCUAUAUAGAAAUUGGAUAGCCGUUUUACAGAAUACGUCGGUGUCCAGAUACAGGUAGAAUGACACGUUGAAAGCUGUCAGUUUCGACCCGCGCGACUGCUCUCUUCCAUUGGCGACUAGACGUGGAAAUAUAGGAGCCAUGACGCCUACUUACGGCCAAUGUCUUGUACAUCCUAAGCAUACUAGCAGGGGCACUAUACUCAUGAGAUUCUGGCCCAUUUG